UGUAUGGCCAGGAGAAAAACUGUCAAACGUGCAUAAAAAUCUCAUAAGCAUCUAUUUUCAAGAAAUAAAAAGAUAACUAAGACAUAAAAGGAGUAAAAUAAAAUUCCAGGAUGGAACAGAAAUAUUUCAUUUACUCAAAACUUAAAUAACUUGGGAAUGAAUACAGGUUUUUAGAUUAAUCAAAAAAUAACUAAUGAAUUAAAAAAAAAGGAAUCUGCUCCAUAAUAAUAUAUCGAAGCAGAAGAAAUUUCUAUAGAUUAAAUAAAAGAAUUGUAAAGAUAAGCUACAUCAAAAUUACCAACAGAAGAAGUAGAAAAAAAAAAAAAUAAAGUAAGAAUGAAUAUUGAUGAUGAAUGGGCAAUUGAAGGGCUUGUCAAAAAAUACAAAUAAGAUUGGGAAGCAAUGAAAAGAGAUCAUAAAUUAAAUACAUUUUAAUGGACAGCAAUUUAAUGUUAAAAAAAAUACAAUGAUUACAUUAAAAGAUAUGGUAAAUGUCCUAAACCAUAAUAAUGA